ACAUCACGCAUGAUGCCAAGGCUGACUGUUGGGAAGGGCUGAGGCCACCAAGGGAAAAAAAAGUCUUAAAUUUUGCCCCCCCUGGCAUGAAGAGCUACUCUCCCUUUCCCAGCAACCUUAGCGGGAGAAAUCGCCCCCGAUUCCAUGAGGCUGAGGUCCCGAGCUCUUCUGCCGAAGAAGUGUACUUCGCUCCCUCUUCUUGCAUUGACGAUUUCGGAAGAGCUGCCCAGAUCCAGCCAAGAUGUUCCUCUUUGCCACCAAAACCAAGACCCCCAUCAGCACCUACACCGACUCCUACCGGCCUCCAAACACCAUGAAGAAGGCCUUUGAGGAAGCGCCGAUGACCCUCUGGAGCGAGAAUAAGUUUGUGACCCAGGGUUUGACCAUACCCAAAGUGGACCAUCCGCUUGACCAAGCCCACCUGGAGAAGAUGGUGAAAAGGGCAGUCCAGGAGUACGCCUACAAGAAUACGAUAGAACCAACGGCCUACCGGCCGUACAAAUAUUGGGUGUCCCGCGAAGAAGAAAAAUUCAACCCGGUGUUUGUCGGCAAUGACAGAUACGCAACGUGGAGGACCGGGCCGUACAACAGCGCAGCCUGGAACCGAUACACCACGUACCUGCCACGGAUCCCCAGGGAGGCUGGCAUGGAAGCCAUUCUGCGUGGGAUGCCGAUGGAGUACCCUCCGAAGCCUGAGCGACUCAACAAUUACGAACGGGAAGUCGUGGUCAACAUGUUGAACAGCUUGUCUCGGAAGCAGCUUCCGUACGUCCAGCAUCAAUACUCCAUCCCGGGCCGGAUGCCCUACCAAGGCUACUACAGUCCUUGCACCGGCCGCCAUUACUGCUUGCGUGGAAUGGACUACUACGUGGACGGAGCCCCCUCUACCGAGAGGCAGAUCAGCCAGCUAGUUGAGAAGAUUGUAAGGAGUUUCCCAUACUACGACCACCAGGAGGAUAUGAUGCUCAGUGCACGAUUGCCAAGCCUGCCGCCAUAUUUCCCGUAUAUGAACCUUAAGUGGGACACGAGUCAUUUUAAGAGGUCUGGAGGGCCGGAGAGGGACAGCUAUAUAAUUCAUCCUGAGUUUGUUUCAGAGGCUUAUCCCACUCCGCCAUGUUGGUAUUAAGAGAGUCGAGAGAGACUGCCAUUAAAAAGUGCCACUGGUGACGAA